CACUUCUACUUUUUUUUUUCUUUUUCAAUUUUCAAACAAAGAAAAUUAAUUAAUUGAUUCAAAUUGAAAUCAAAGCCUUAACUUUUUCUUCAAUAAGAUUAGGUUAUGGUUUUGAUUUCAUUUGUUUCAUGGCGAUGGAUCGCGUUCAUGAGGUCGAUGAAAGAGUUACAUUGGAGGAAGAAUUUGGAUCAAGUUGUCAAACAAGUCCACAAGACAAACGAGAAGUGGUUCGCGAACUUAUACGUAUGAUUCAUACCGUUGAGUCUUAUGAAGAGUAUAGAGGAUCACAAAGAGAGGAAUGUGAUAAGCUUUUCGAAAGAUUGACACUUUUGUUGCCUUUUUUGGAAGAGAUAAGAGAUUUCGAAGGACAGAUACCUGAAUCGAGCAUUGAAUGUUUGAUGAAAUUAAAAAAGGCUUUGUCUUCUGCGAAGAAAUUGUUAAAAACUUGUCAUUGUGGUAGUAAAAUUUAUCUGGCCGUAGAAAGUGAGGCCGUUAUGGGAAGAUUCUAUUCCGUGUAUGAAAGGUUAAGUCAGGCUCUGGAAAGCAUGCGUUAUGAUGAUUUUGGAAUUUCAGAUGAAGAGAAACAACAGGUGGAGUUACUGCGUCUGCAAUUUAGAAGAGCUAAGAAGCGAAAUGUUAGUCAAGAUAUGGAACUCACGAUGGAUCUGAUGGUUGCACUGUCCACAAAUGAUGAUAGGAAUGCAGAUAGUGCUAGCAUAGAGAGACUAGGAAACAAGCUAGGUUUGCGUACCGUUAAGGACCUAGAGGUGGAAACGAUAUCAGUAAGAAAAGUAGUUAAAGAAAGAAAAGGUUGUUAUGCAGAAGAGACGCGGAAAAUUGUAGGUCUUCUAAACAAAUUCAGAAAGUUUGCAGGGCUUGAAGAAAUUGAUCCAUUGAUGCUUAAAGCUCAAGAGAAAUCCACUUCUUUGGCAAUUCCAAAUGAAUUUCUUUGUCCAAUCACAUUAGAGAUUAUGACUGAUCCCGUUACUGUCUCAACUGGGCAGACAUACCAAAGAGAGAACAUACAACAUUUGUUGGAUUCCAAUUGCCAAACAUGUCCGAAAACAGGGAAAGUUUUAGAGCACUUGUCAUUGGCUCCAAACUUUGCUCUGAAGAAUUUGAUCCAGGAAUGGUGUGAGAACAACAAUUUUCAACUUCCUAAAAAGGAGGCUCCUCCAAAACCCAAGAGCCCCUCGGAUGAAAAUGAUGAAAAGAUUUUAUCCUUGAUUCAAGAUUUAUCCUCUAGUCAGUUAGAAGUGCAAAGAAAGGCUGUGAAAAAGAUAAGGAUGCUUUCGAAAGAAAAUUCAGAAAAUAGAACAUUAAUAGUUAAUAACGGAGCAAUUCCACCGCUUGUGCAACUACUAUCCUAUCCAGAUACAAGAAUCCAGGAACAUGCUGUUACGGCGCUUUUGAACUUAUCGAUUGAUGAAACAAAUAAGAAACUUAUAUCUAAGGAAGAUUCCAUUCCAGCCAUAAUUGAGAUACUGCAGAAUGGAAGUGUUGGCGCUAAAGAGAACUCAGCGGCAGCAUUGUUUAGCUUGUCUAUGCUGGAUGAUAAUAAAGAAGCUAUAGGUUCUUUAAAGGGUAUCCCACCGUUAAUAGAAUUGUUAAGAAAUGGGACAGUCCGAGGUAAGAAGGAUGCAAUAACUGCAUUAUUCAAUCUAUGCUGUAGUGAGCAAAACGUGCGCUUGGCAACUGAAGCGGGGAUCAUAGCACCGUUGUUUCAGUUAGUCGAGAAGAAAAACUCAGAAAUGGUUGACGAGGCACUGUCUAUAUUGUUACUUCUUGCAACACAUCAAGACGGAAGGCAAGAAAUGGGAAAACUUACUUUCAUUGAAACACUCGUUAAUCUUAUAAGAGAUGGCACUCCAAAGAACAAGGAAUGUUCAGUGGCGGUGCUUCAUAGGUUAAGCACACACAAUUCAAAUCUUAUGCUCGCGGCACUUCAGUAUGGUGUGUAUGAGAAUUUAGUAGAUAUUGCGGAGAAUGGGACUGAUAGGGGCCAAAGAAAAGCUAAAUCUAUACUGCAACUUAUGAGUAAAACAGAACAGAUUCCUUGACAAUCAGCUGUAGUCGUAUACUUUUUCAAAUUUUUGUGCUUUUUCCUUCUUGUGUAGUAGGAUAGUGAAUUAUGUUUAGUUUGUGUUAAUACAUAGCUUUUUUCUGUGGCGUAUGCAUAGAAAGCAGUCAGUUGUUAGACCUGUGUAUUAACUUACAUUCACAUCGAGGUGCUGGAUGAGCUCAAUUGUAUAUGUUGAUCAGAGAUUGUUUCUUGAAUUUCACAUAUACUUCAUUUCA